AAUUCUAGGUUUUAACAAACAAAAAUGCACUUUUCAAGUUUUGUGAGUAUCUUAAGACUUGUCCUUCAAAUACUGAGUUUUUAGACGCGUUAUAACUGUCAUAUAGAAGACGUGUUGAUGGUGUCAAUUGUGGGCUGACGAAUUCCGGCUAUAUUCCUUUUAUUUUAUAUUUCUGUGAACCCCCCACUCAUAUUCGCAUUCGCUGCCGAUUAUGACCGCAUUCUGAACCCUCGAUAAUGAUCGAGGAUCGAGGUUAUCAUUGUCUUUCACUCGUCGAACUUGCCGAUUAGGCCGAUUUUGCACCGGUCAGACAAGUGAAAUGCCAAAUUCAACAUAACGAUGGGUCUCCAGAGACAUGUUUUCGAUAAAAACCAGCCCUUCGGUAUGACUUUUCCAAGGGUGCAUCGGGAAAUACUGCCAAGUGUUAAGUCUUUUUUCUCGAAAAUAGAUGGCGUGUUAUUAUUUUGUUUGACUAGUCGUCUGCUUUUCUUCGUUUUGAGCACUGUUUGGUGUUUUCAGUUUUGGAUAUGACAAUUUAUGGCAAUUUAUCAGUGAAAUCGUCGUUUUCCAUAUUAUUGGAACCGAAAUAUUACAGUCCUGUGGUGACUUAUGCAAGGUCUAUUUAAAAAGAACAAUUUUUGGUCGGCCUCGGCCGUUAUCAUCAAGUCUUCAUUCGUUCUUCAAAACACACAGGGAAAGCUGCUUAGCUGCUGCAGUUAUCUAGUCUUUAUCCUCACUUGAUUCAUUUCGUGCCAGCUAGUCACUCAUAUGAUCACCCAUAUGAUAAGUUUUUUCAUCAUGAGCAUUUCAGUGUACUUCUUAAAAAAGAGCACGAAGAUUCUUGUGCCAAUGCUGACCAUUGUCCAUGACAGAAGGACUUCCAACAAAAUUCUUCUCCAUCCUUAUCUUUGCGACGCACGCUCAUCUAGCUUCACUGCUUUUAAACAAGAUUUAUUUUACUUCACUGGCGACUUGGCGAGUUUCUGGACCACUUCAAGAUCGCUUCCGUCCGCUGUUACACACCUGCAGUCACUCACCACGGGAUUAUGCCUAGAUGAUGCAGAGGAGACGUCGAGAAAAUUGACACCAAAACAUCGCCGGUAUCUCCAAAGUUGUUAG